AUGAAAUUCUUCGUAAUUUUCGCAAUUUUCUUGCUAGCUUUCGUGUCUAGCACACAAGGUUCAUCUUCUGAUGAGGUGGAGAUGCCUACUGGUGCUGAAUUGACAGCCACCAGUCCAUCAGAGGCGAUAGAACUAUUCAGUUCCAGUCGCUCCCGGCAGCGCAUCUGCACUAUUCAGCUAUGCCGUGCCGUCUGCGGUUCCCUAGGCUAUAGAUGGGCCAGAUGCACACCGCAGAGGAUUUGCCAGUGCCGCCGUUGA